AUGAUGACCGAAACACAUAUAAAUUCCAAUCACAUGCUGAAUUCUGGUUUGGGUCCAAAAACAGAUCUAGCAAAAAUGGAUGAUGUGGGUUGGAAAGCCAAGCUGAAAAUCCCACCGAAGGAUAUACGAAUGAAAACUAGUGAUGUUACCGACACACGUGGCAAUGAGUUCGAGGAGUUUUGUCUGAAACGGGAAUUGCUGAUGGGGAUCUUCGAAAAAGGCUGGGAGAAGCCUUCUCCUAUUCAAGAAGCCAGUAUUCCCAUUGCACUCUCCGGCAAAGACAUUUUGGCGCGUGCCAAAAACGGAACAGGCAAAACUGGAGCGUAUUCUAUUCCCGUUUUGGAACAGGUUGACCCAAGGAAAGACGUGAUACAAGCGUUAGUGAUUGUGCCCACCAGAGAGUUGGCAUUACAGACUUCACAAAUAUUGAUCGAGCUUGCAAAGCACAUGGAUGUUAAAGUGAUGGUUACCACUGGUGGAACUAACUUGCGCGACGAUAUCAUGAGGAUUUAUCAGAAAGUGCAAGUUAUCAUAGCCACCCCAGGUAGAAUUCUUGAUCUCAUCGACCAGAACGUUGCCAAUAUGGAUCACUGCAGGAUCCUCGUGUUAGACGAAGCUGAUAAACUUCUGUCUCAAGACUUUAAAGGAAUGUUAGAUCAUGUGAUUUCCAGAUUACCUCAGAGACGCCAGAUUUUGCUGUAUUCAGCCACUUUUCCUCUGACAGUGAAGCAGUUUAUGGAGAAGCACUUGAAAGAUCCGUACGAGAUCAAUCUGAUGGAAGAGCUGACUUUAAAGGGAGUGACACAAUACUACGCUUUUGUACAGGAACGCCAGAAAGUUCACUGCCUUAACACGCUAUUUUCCAAGUUACAAAUCAACCAGAGCAUAAUAUUCUGCAAUACGACACAGCGCGUGGAACUACUGGCAAAGAAAAUUACAGAUCUAGGAUAUUGUUGUUAUUACAUUCACGCGAAAAUGGCCCAGGCUCAUCGGAACCGUGUAUUUCAUGAUUUUCGCGCAGGGCUUUGCCGAAAUCUGGUUUGCAGUGACUUAUUCACGCGUGGAAUUGACGUGCAAGCUGUGAACGUUGUGAUCAACUUUGACUUUCCCAAAAUGGCAGAGACGUAUCUGCAUCGCAUCGGUCGUUCUGGAAGGUUCGGCCACUUAGGUAUUGCAAUUAAUCUAAUCACGUACGAGGAUCGUUUCAAUCUCCAUCGUAUUGAACAGGAACUCGGUACCGAAAUCAAACCAAUACCUAAAGUGAUUGAUCCCAGUUUGUAUGUCUCGAGACCUGAAGACAACAGUUGUUUGGAGGAGGGUAACGUUUCUAAGUAGUUUCGAAAUACAAUUGCUUUAUGAUCGCUCAAAGAAAGUUUCAAGUGGGGGAUAGUGGUUGAAACUUGCACGCGUAUCAAAGCACGCGUAAAUGUGCUUUGAACUUGAACAAUAAAAGUGGGAAGUUUCGAGUUACUUAAGUCUGAUGAAGAUAAUGUACAAGUGAGUUUGAACGUGUAAAAAAGGAAGUAGUGAUGAGAUGAACUUCGAAGUACAAGAAGUGCUACAAACAUUUAGAUAAAAGAAAAGUCUCUACACGAGGCUACAAAUAACAAUCGUCGAGACUAUGAAAAAAAAGGUUUACUUGUAAAUAAGGCAUUCUGAGCAUGAUUUUAAUCAUGUGGUAAGCGCUCGGUAAACUCAGUGAAUGAAGUGAUUUGAGUGCCAGUGCGAGUCAUUCUUUGUAAAUAGAAAUAUGUUUAAGUGUAAAUAAGGCUAUUUCACAACGGAGUCAAGUCAUCAUCAAGCUGCACACAAAAAAAGCAUAAAAUCAAUCGACGUGAUCAUCGCAUUCUACCGAAAAUGUAAAUAGAAACAUUUCGCGUCAUUUUCAAGAGCAGAUUUUUAUACUGAUUCAAGCUUUCAUUUCGAACUUUUAUUUGUCACUCGCCAAAAUCGCGCAUUUACAUCGAUCUCGUAAAAAUUACUCGCUAAUCGAUAUAUCGAUGUUGUAGACUUAAACAUACUCUUGUCACAAUCAUAAAUUAUUUGUAUAUCGAGGAUUGUUGUUAGUGUACAAAUAUUAUACUCGCUCUUAAAUUGCAUCGGCGAUUUUGGCUUGACUUUGUGCAUUCUAUACUGUCAUAACAACUCUGAAAUUCAAAUCACUUUUCCAAAAGAAGAACGUUUAUUUUCCGUUUAAUUUGAGUGGUAUUAGAUUUUUUUUUAAUUUCAAUGUGAUUGGAUUUUUUACAACACUGUGAUUGAGCGUCAGAAGUUGUAAAAUUGACUAGUUUUAUACAAUUAUUUUUAUAACUAUCUGGCUGGUGGAUCGAAUGGAAUUGGGAAGCCUUUUGACGCACGGUUGCCACUCGGCGAAUGUCUUACUCUUUUUCUAAUUUAUUCACGAAAUUGUGAGAAUAAAGCGACAAAAUUACGAGAGAAUUAAGAGGAAAAUAUUUGUCAAACUGAAAACAACGAAAGUUUUCAAAAAAAAAUAAUAAAACGUUUUCGCUUAUCCGAGAUCGUAAGGUUUCCCUUUUCCCGGAACGCGUUUUGCAUCACACCAAGGCCAACUUGUCCGAAAGAAAAAUGUAUUUACAAUGCAAUUUUACAAUUCAUAUUUAAAAACGAAAAAUCCAAUGGAUAUUAGCCACCAGCCAAUGUGACCUACAUAUAUGAAAAGAAUUUCGUAAUACACAAACAGUAAACUUUAAAAGAUUAUUUCAGAAUUAAAGAAAGACUUCUUUACGAAAUCUCAUACAGAAUUAAUACGAAGCGGUUUAAAAUGCAUUUGUAUUUAUAAUUUAAAAACUAUAUGAACACAAGGAUGCGAGAAACUUGCUAGGAAAAUUUUUUGUUGUUUGAAAAUAAUAUGGCGAUAAUUUAUAAUACGUGCUAUCUAGACAAAUGUUGUUCGUCAAUAUUAAUUGGCUAAAUACGAAGAGCACGUCUAAUUGAGAAAAAAAAAUAAUGGAGUCUUGGUGUCUUUAAACUAUGAAUCUGCAUCUGUGUGCGAAUGUUUAACUGGUCCAUUUACGACCUGAUUGUUCGUUAAUGUAUUAAUUAAUUAAUUGUGAUAUUAAAAUGCAUUGUAAACCGUUAUCCCAUCGAUCAAAACAACCAAUAUCUUACGAGGGGUGUUUCGAAUUCACAGUUAUUUCUGUAAAAUGUAGAAUACACCCAGUGAAUUCCGGGUAGAAACACCGUGUGAUUUUCAUUCAAAAUUCAGUCUUCAAGAUUGAUGUUUUUUAAAUCCGGACGAUAACAAGAGAGAGAGAGAGAGCCAGAAAAAAUGUUUAAAUUAACUCUUGUGAAUCGUCGCACUUCCGAAAAUUAAAAUUUAGGUUUUCAACGAAUGGCUUAAAAAGUUUUGUAGACAAGUUUGUGAUCUUUUAUUGAAUUUUGCGUGGGACUCGAUUUGGCGAAAACUAUCAUUCAUUAUCAAAUCGAGUCAAGUUGUCCGCGAAUUUAUCAGAAUUAGCUGUCUUCUCAGAUUCGAACUCUUUUAAACUGAAUUUUGAUUCUUAGAUGGAAAGCUUUUUCUUUUGUAUAGCGAUGAUACCCUAAAGAUGAAAAGUCACGAGCCUAUCUAAUUAUGGUAUCUGUGAGAUCAAUUUAUUUACAUUUUGCAGACUGCUCUCAAAUUUCACUGGUCGUGGACAAGCCUGGGGCUGCCUCGUGGUUCAUUUUCAAAAGGGAAAUUCCGAGCGAUUCAAUUGAAGGAGUAAAAACGUGACUUGCGCAAGAGACAAAAUUGUUUGCUUUUUGAGAAUGCAUCUCGACUAGAUUAUCAAAUUACUUCGAAUGGCAGUUUAAAUUCAAGGCAGUCGCGAACAACAUUGAAUUCCGUGAAGUUCAUUGUUCCUGUAGUGAUUAUGAUAUCGGAUCGAUAUUUUGUACAGAGCUUUUGAAAUUUGAGAUUUUUCGUUGACAAUUUUGAACUUCACUCUUUGCUCGAAGCGGCUUGGUCCAACGUUUUGUUUAAUUUGAGAAAGCAGCAGUCUGGCGAAAAGCAAAAGUAAAUAAAUAGUAGAAGUUGGAGAAGAGGAGGGUCGAUUAGCGACGCGUUCAGAUUGAAGACAGAGGAUUUCUUUUUUAAUUGAUGAAAAGAUCUCGCUCAUCCAGUAAAGUUAAGAAUUAAAACCCUUUCUUCAAACUGGCACCGAAUGUCCUUGGAAAAGGAGGUUCUUUUUUUUGUAAAGAUCGUUGCACAAUUGCCAAGCGAUCUAGGAGAACUGUUAACAUCGGGCGGAAGAGGCAAAGAAAAUAAAUCCCACCAUUCCAUCAGCUGUUGGGAUUAUUUUCAACUUUUUUUUUGUGAUCGUACGACUAUUUCGUACCCAGUGAAGAAAUCAGAUCUUUACUCUCUCGUUUGAGAAAAAUAAAGUUCUCUUUUCUUUACAUUUUUCUGAGUCGACUGAUAGAAUAUAAUAAACUAUGUACUGUUUGGGAUAUCCAUGAAAAUUACAUCUUCGUCUUCGAAAUAGGGAAUCGGUACACCAGUUUUAUAUUCGUAUCAUAUCAAAAAAAAAAAAAUAAUAAAAAAUAAAAUAUUGAAAAAAAGUAAAGAAAAAACUGAUCCGAGAAUUAAUAAGACCUGUUGUUCUGUGAACCACUAGGUCUAGGUGAUUUCCUCUUACUUCGAAAUCUGAAAAUACUUUGUCACAUCACAAAAAAGUAUAAGUUAGUAUAUCAAAAGUUAAAAAAUACUCUUAUUAAAGUUGCUAUCCGCGAUAGGCAACGAGAAUUUGAUUCUGAGAGGAUCAUUUGUUUUGUGACAAUAAAAUUCGGUUUUCAAUGUGAACAAUUCGAUAAAAAAUGUAUCGGCAUUACAACAUUGCGAAAAUUUUCAAUUUAACUUCCCGUGGCCAUAUCUCGAAAUUCGUAGUUCCGUCGGCUUCAAAAACAGACGUUGCCAAUUGCACACUAAUUUCGCAAUGUUGUAUUAUAAUUCUGACCUCAACUUGUUAGAAAAAUUUGCGUACUCUUCAUUGUCUCAAUUAAGUCAAAACAAAAUUGUAAAAAUGGGUGAGUGCACAUUUUCCAGAAGAAAACUUUUUUUUUUAUUUGUCACUGAUUUCCUUUGACACUUGCCCAUUUUCAACGUAACGCAUGUCAAAAUUUUAAUUUUCCUGUUGGAACUAAUUGAAACAUUGUUCCAUAAUAAAAGGCCGAUAUCAAAA